UUAACAUCAGUUUGUUUACAAUUGUUAUGUCUAUAGACAUAACCUAUAGGUUACUAAAAAUUACGAAAAAUUAACUAAAAAACUAUUCCCAAAAAUGGAUAAUUGCAUAGUUUGCUGUAAAUCAAAUGAAGAUUUAUUUUCUCGUAUAACUACUCAAUCCAUUGAAUGGAAAGAGUGGAAUAUACAGCGUGUUAUAGAGAAACAUCUGUGGUGGUGGUAUUUAAAGCCAGCCUCUAGUAAUGGAUCAGAACAAUGGAUAUGUCGUCAAUGUUGGCAGGAAUUAUCAGUAUUUCACAAUUUUUAUAAAAAAGUUGAGAAAGAGCACAAAUUAUAUGAUAAAUUCUUAUUAUUACAAAUAAAAAGUGAUACUGACCAAGUGGCAAUUCAAGAUAUUAAAGUGGAGGAGCAGCAUUUUGAAAAUGGAUCUUCAAUACUUGAAGAAAAUACAAUACAUUUAAAGAAUACGAAAAGGGGAAGAAAAAAGAAAACUGUAUAUGAAACAGAUAGUAUACAAUUAGAAGAACUAAAUAUUGUAGAAAUCAAGAGCGAAAAUAUCCUCCGUGAUACUGUUGAGGAGCCAACUUCAGAGGAGAUUUGUUUAUCAAAUGACAGCGCAGAUAAUACACAAGAAGAAAAUGACUUAAAAGAUUUAAGAGAUUAUGAUAAACAUGUACCAAGUAAAAAACCUACGGGGAAACGUCACACUACAUCUAAGGCUGUUACUAAAUGUAGAAAAGAAAGCAGAAUAACUAACAAGGAGAAGAAAGCAAAAUUUGUAAAGAAUGAAAACAAUUCAAGGAAUAAAAAUGACGAAUUCCUGGCAGACUAUGGUUUUGUAUUGGCCUGUGGUAUUUGCAAUGACAUUCUAGAUUCCUUUAGUAGCCUUAAGAUCCACUUUCGCGAGAAACAUAACACAGUGGCUUAUGCUAUGUGCUGUAAUAAGAAGUUUUACCGACGAGACGUUUUGGUUGAUCAUUUAAAUGUCCAUAAGGAUCCGGAUUACUUUAAAUGCCAGAAAUGUGGCAAAACUGUAACCACCCGUUACAGUUUAACAAAACAUAUGGAAACUCACCAAUUAUAUGAAACUCAACAGAAUUUGUUCAAUUGUGACAAAUGCGACAAAUCCUUCUUAAAAAAAAUUGUUUUUGAACGUCAUGUCUUAUUGCACAUUCCCGAAGAAGAGCGAAAAUUCCAAUGUAGCAUGUGUGUUAAGAAAUUUGCUACAGAAUAUUUACGUAAACAACAUAUCAAUCAUACACACUCGAAAAUAUACACCAAAGUAUGUGAUGUAUGUGGUAUAACAAUUUGGGAUAAAUAUUCGUUUAAUCGUCACAUGGCCGAGCAUAAUGGUGUAAAGCCAGUUAAAUUCAAAUGUGAUAUUUGUGCUGCUGAAUUAACAAAUAUAUAUUUUCUAAAUCGUCACAAGAAAUUGAUGCAUACCGUACAACAAGAGCAAAUAUGUCCUCAUUGUUCGAAAAUAUCACCUAACUAUGUUGCCCAUAAAAAUCAUAUUAAAUACGCGCACACUUUGGAACGCAAACAUGCAUGUCAUAUGUGUGAUAAGAAAUUCCGUAGACCUAAAGAAUUAAAGGAACAUUUAAGCACUCAUACUGGCGAGCCAUUAUAUACAUGUCCUUACUGUCCCCGUACAUUUAUAUCGAAUGCAAACAUGUAUAAACACCUUAGGCUGAAACAUGAGAUGGAAUGGGAGAAGAGACGCAUGAAGAGGGAUGCAAAAUCAUUAGCUUGCAAAGAGUUUCUUAAAACAGUUGUAUCACAACAAAGUGAAACUUGCAGCUAUGAAGAAAUAAUGGAGCUUGAGAGCAGUGAUGUUGUAAAAGAUUUAACAGAAUUUAACAUUUGAAAAUAAAUAUGUAUAUGUUUUUAGAGUUUAACUGUUUAUGGUAUAAAAAGUAUGUAUAAAAAAAGUUAUAAAUUUUUAAACUCAAUAAAUUUGCCUGUUGGGAAUUGCAAAA